AUGCGAUUCAUAACAAGUAUUCUUUGUUUGAUUGCUACUACAGCUCAAGUUAUUGCUGCUGCUGAAGUUUACACAUGUAAUGCUACUGUUUCCUGUCCUGAAGAAUAUCCAUGUUGUUCCCAAUACGGUCAAUGUGGGACUGGUGAAUACUGUCUUUCUAACUGUAACCCAAUUUUCUCCUACGAAUACGAUGCCUGUCUACCUGAACCUGUUUGCAAGGAUAUCUCUACCAAAUUUGACAAUUAUACUUCUAAGGUUGCUAACAUUAAUACCUUCCUAGGUAACGCUAGUGAAGCUGACUGGUUAUACACUGGUACCGUUUUAGAUUACGAUGAUGAAGGAUCCAUGAUUCUAGCUAUGCCAAAGAACUCCGGUGGUACUGUCUUAACCUCUUCUAGAGAUGUUUGGUAUGGUAAGAUCAGUGCUCGUUUAAAGUCAUCUCAUUUGGCUGGUGUUAUUACCGCUUUCAUUGUCUUCUCUGGUGUUCAAGAUGAGUUGGAUUUCGAAUGGGUUGGUGCUGAUUUAAACACUGUUCAAACUAAUUAUUACUGGCAAGGUCUUCUAGAUUAUCACAAUAGUGCUAACAUUUCCACUAAUGACACAUUUGAUAAUUAUCACACUUAUGAAAUUGACUGGCAUGAAGAUUAUACCACUUGGUCCAUCGAUGGUGUUAUUGGUAGAACUUUACUAAGGAAUGAAACUUGGAAUGAAACUUUACAAGCUUAUAAAUAUCCUCAAACUCCAUCUAGAAUUCAUUUAUCUAUCUGGCCAGGUGGUAACGCUACCAAUGCUCCAGGUACAAUCGCUUGGGCUGGUGGUGAAAUUGAUUGGGAUGCAGACGAUAUUACUGAUCCAGGUUAUUAUUACGCUAUUGUUAAUGAAAUUAAUGUUACUUGUUACGAUGCCCCAAGUGGUACCUCUCAAAAUGGUACUGAAUCUUACAUUUAUAAGAACGGUGAUACUUUCCUACAAAGUGACGUUAUGAUUUCCAACAAAAGAUUCUACUUGGAUUCUUAUGAAGGUACUGGUCUAAACAUUACUGCCGGUGCUACAACAAGCUCCACUGCAUCUUCUUCCUCAGCUACAUCUAGUACAUCCCAUAAUUCUACCUCAAAAGAAUCUAGUACAUCACACGAUUCUUCUACCAGCGUGACCUCUUCAGCCUAUCACAAUUCCUCUUCUACAGGCCAUUCUACAGCUUCUAUUACUUCUGUAAGUAAGAGUUCUUCUCACAGUUCCUCUGGUGCUUCAAGGACCAGUUCUUCUAACACCUCUUCUAGACUUUCAUCUGCCAAUUCUGGUUCAUUAAUGUCGUUUAACAACAUUAUCCUUUUCUUCAGUGCAUUGGGACUUUUACUAUAG